GGGAACCCUGGAAACAGAUUGUUUUAAUUUUCGUUUGACGGGAAAAUAUGAUACAAAUGAUGGAAAAUUGUCUGCGGAGCUUUCCAAGGAGAAGCGGCUCUUGGUUUUCUUCUAUUGGCCAGCGGACGCCUUGGAAUCUUUAUUUGAGUAGAGAAUCUGGGAGAAACUUGUCAAUAGAAAGAACAAAGAAGACCCAAGAAAAGGAUUUACAUUUGCGUAUUCAUAUUGAGAAUUCCACAGUUGAAAGUUUAUUGGAAGUGGGUCCACACCUAAUCUCUAGAUUGGUGCCAGUUCUUUGCCUGGUGGCUAUGAAAUUUCAAUCCAGUGUUUACAGAAAUUGGAGUUCAGUAAAAUCUUGAUUUUCAUUUCGUGGUUUAAACAUCUGGGUACUCCAAUUCGUGGGGCUAAUCUGAAUUCCAUUGGAUCAAAAUUCUCUAAUUCUAGAUCAAAUCACAACUUUGAAGGCUGUUGUCAUUCAUAUUCAUUCAUUUAGAGCCAGAAUUGCUUCUUCAUUACAUAUAUCAAAGUUUCAAGUAGCUAGCAGUCUUGUUCUAUGGCUGAAUCAGCAUAUGUCAAUUCAGCGCCUUCUGAUGGCUAUAGUCAGGGUCAAGAAAUUGUGCCAUUUCCUACCGCUAAGGGCUCAUUGAAAUUUUUUCUUCUACAUGGGAAUCUAGAUAUUUGGGUCAAGGAGGCCAAAACCCUUCCUAACAUGGACAUGUUUCAUAGAUCUCUAUCAGACAUGUUUGGCAGAUUCUCAGUGAAAUCUGCCCCAACGAUUGAAGGGCACAAGCCUCAUAAGAUAACCAGUGAUCCGUAUGUCACAAUUUCUGUAAGUGGGGCUGUGAUUGGGAGGACUUUUGUGAUUAGUAAUUCUGAAAACCCUGUUUGGAUGCAGCAUUUUUAUGUUCCUGUUGCACAUCAUGCUGCAGAAGUGCACUUUGUUGUGAAAGACAGUGAUGUUGUGGGCUCUCAGAUUAUAGGGGCUGUUGGCAUCCCGGUGGAGCAGAUAUACUCGGGUUCAAAAGUUGAAGGAACUUUUCAAAUCCUUAAUGGGAGUGGGAAGCCCUGUAAGCCUGGAGCUGUCUUGACUCUAUCAAUCCAGUACACACCAAUUGAAAAGGUGACCCUUUACCAAUUUGGUGUAGGGUCAGGUCCUGAAUACACUGGGGUCCCUGGUACAUACUUUCCCCUUAGAACCGGCAGCAAAGUCACACUUUAUCAAGAUGCCCAUGUCCAUGAUGGCUGCCUUCCAAAUUUGAAGCUUGAUAAUGAUGUCCAGUUUGAGCAUGGGAAAUGUUGGCAUGACAUCUUUCAAGCAAUAAGUCAGGCUCGUCGUCUGAUCUACAUCACAGGAUGGUCUGUGUACCACAGUGUUAGACUGAUACGAGAUACUGAUAAUUCAACAGAAUUCAUGUUGGGGCACCUUCUGAAGACCAAGUCCCAGGAAGGUGUUAGAGUGCUGCUCCUUGUAUGGGAUGAUCCUACUUCUCGAAGCAUUCUGGGUUAUAAAACAGAUGGGAUCAUGCAAACAUAUGAUGAGGAGACUCGCAGGUUUUUCAAGCACUCUUCUGUGCAGGUGCUACUUUGCCCUCGAUCUGCUGGAAAAGGACAUAGCUGGAUCAAACAACAGGAAGUUGGGACAAUCUAUACCCAUCAUCAGAAGACUGUGAUUGUGGAUGCUGAUGCAGGUCAUUAUAAAAGAAACAUUAUUGCUUUCAUUGGAGGUCUUGAUUUAUGUGCGGGGCGAUAUGAUACUCCGCAGCAUCAUAUUUUUAAAACAUUACAAACGGUUCAUCAAGAUGACUACCAUAAUCCUAAUUUCACGGGGCCUACUACUGGAUGUCCACGAGAACCCUGGCAUGAUAUGCACUGUAGAAUUGAUGGUCCUGCAGCAUAUGAUAUCCUCACCAAUUUUGAGGAGCGCUGGUUAAAGGCUUCUAAACCCCGUGGACUUCAAAAGCUGAAAGCAUCAUCAUAUGAUGAUGCUUUACUCAAGCUUGAGAGAAUUUCCGACAUCAUUGGGAUGGCAGAUGCCUCCUGCCCAAAUGAAAACGAUCCAGAAGCUUGGCAUGUCCAGGUCUUCCGUUCGAUUGACUCCACUUCUGUGGAAGGCUUUCCUAAGGAACCAAAGGAAGCUACAAGCAAGAACCUGGUUUGUGGGAAAAAUAUACUGAUAGACAUGAGUAUACAUACAGCAUAUGUCAAGGCUAUUCGUGCUGCUCAGCAUUUCAUUUAUAUUGAGAACCAGUACUUCCUCGGGUCAUCUUAUAAUUGGGCUUCUUACAAAGACUUAGGUGCAAACAAUUUAAUACCUAUGGAAAUUGCUCUCAAAAUCGCUAACAAAAUCAGAGCAAAAGAGAGGUUUUCUGCAUAUAUUGUUAUCCCAAUGUGGCCAGAGGGCGUUCCUACAAGUACUCCUACACAGAGGAUUCUUUUUUGGCAGCACAAAACAAUGCAAAUGAUGUAUGAAAUGGUUUACAAGGCACUGCAAGAGGUUGGGCUUGAGAACCAAUAUCAUCCACAAGACUAUUUAAAUUUCUUCUGCCUGGGGAAUCGCGAGGAAGGAGUUGACACCUCAAAUGCAGGAAAUCAAUCCGCAGCAAACACCCCUCAAGCACUUGCUCGUAAAAGCAGACGCUUCAUGAUUUAUGUCCAUUCAAAAGGAAUGAUAGUGGAUGAUGAAUACGUGAUAAUAGGGUCUGCAAACAUCAAUCAACGUUCCAUGGAAGGAACCAGAGACACCGAAAUUGCAAUGGGUGCCUAUCAGCCUCAUCAUACCUGGGCAAGAAAACAGUCUAGCCCACAUGGUCAAAUAUAUGGAUAUAGGAUGUCACUAUGGGCAGAGCACACUGGAGUACUGGAGGAAUGUUUCAAGCAACCAGAAAGUGUUGAGUGUGUUCGACGGCUGAGGUCCUUGGGUGAGCUCAACUGGAGGCAGUUUGCAGCAGAUCAAAUAACAGAAAUGAAGGGACACCUUCUGAAGUACCCUGUGGAAGUGGAGAGAACAGGGAAGGUGAGGCCUCUUCCUGGGUCUGAAACAUUUCCAGAUGUCGGUGGGAACAUAGUGGGGACUUUUACAGCCAUUCAAGAAAAUCUCACCAUAUAAUCCCUCAGUGGCUACUACUAAUAAGGACCAGAGUAUGUGCCUCACAAAUGAAUGAAGCCAAAGUCCACAAUCAAUCUUCAGUGUUUUUUACUCCAUUGAUACUUUUGACCGCUACGCAUUAUAUUGACGGUUGUUUGCCGACACCCCAACCGAUCGUUAUGUCCAGGAUGUGGAUUUAUGUAGCCUGUGCACCUCCAUUAAAGUGGGUGUUUGGAGUCUUGGACCACCCCACCUCAACAUAGAAAAUGUAAAACAUGUCUAAGUUUAUUACUGCUAUUAUUGGUUUUAAACGGAUGAUUCUUGUCAA